CCACCUUACAGCUCUACUAAGAACAAAGAGAACAGCAAAAAUGGCUCCCCUUUCAUGCAUCAUUGUUCUUUUUGCUCUUUCUCUUCUGACACCCUGUUUUGUUUCCUCCUCCGCAGUGAGAGACCCUGAGUUAGUAGUACAAGAAGUACAAAGAAGCAUCAAUGCCUCUAGAAGAAACUUGGGUUAUUUAUCAUGCGGAACAGGGAACCCUAUUGACGAUUGCUGGCGUUGUGAAUCCAACUGGGAGAACAACCGGCAAAGACUAGCUGAUUGUGCAAUUGGGUUUGGCAAGGACGCAAUAGGAGGAAAAAAUGGUCGAAUCUAUGUGGUCACCGACUCCGGCGACGACGAUGCCGUGAACCCUAGGCCAGGAACCCUAAGGUACGCAGCCAUACAAGACGAGCCAUUGUGGAUCAUUUUCAAGAGGGACAUGGUGAUCACCCUAAAAGAAGAGCUUUUGGUGAAUUCCUUCAAGACAAUUGAUGGAAGGGGUGCUAGUGUUCACAUUGCUAAUGGGGGAUGCAUUACUAUACACUAUGUUAGUAACAUUAUUAUCCAUGGUAUUCACAUUCAUGAUUGCAAGCCCACGGGGAACACCAACAUUAGAGACUCUCCACAUCACUCUGGGUUUUGGACUCAAUCGGACGGUGAUGGUGUGUCCAUCUUUAAUUCGAAGCAUAUUUGGGUUGAUCAUUGCUCUUUGUCUAAUUGUCGUGAUGGUCUCAUUGAUGCCAUUCAUGGAUCCACGGCCAUCACCAUCUCCAACAAUUACAUGACCCAUCAUGACAAGGUUAUGCUUUUGGGACACAGUGAUUCGUACACCCAAGACAAGGACAUGCAGGUCACUAUAGCAUUCAAUCAUUUUGGUGAAGGCCUUGUCCAAAGAAUGCCAAGGUGUAGACACGGGUAUUUCCAUGUGGUGAACAACGACUACACCCACUGGGAAAUGUAUGCAAUUGGUGGGAGUGCAAAUCCUACCAUCAACAGCCAAGGGAACAGGUUCCUUGCCCCAAACAUCAGGUUCAGCAAAGAGGUAACCAAGCAUGAGGAUGCUCCACAGAGUGAGUGGAUGGGGUGGAAUUGGAGGUCAGAGGGUGACAUGUUCUUGAAUGGAGCAUACUUCAGGCAAUCUGGUGCUGGUGCCUCUUCCAGCUAUGCUAGGGCUUCAAGUCUCAGUGCAAGACCUUCUUCUCUUGUUGGCUCCAUGACCACCACUGCUGGUGCACUUACCUGUAGAAAGGGCAACCGUUGCUGAUGAUUGAUGAAUUAAUGAUGAUCACUUUAAUUAUUAUUAGCUAAGAAAUGAAAUAUAUAUACAGCUGCAGGGUUGCAAAAAGAAAAAUUAAUAUGUAUGAUUUAUAUGAAUUAAUUCACCUUAUGCUUAAUUUGCUUCCCUUGCAGUAAACUAUAUAUAAUACAUCCUCUGCCUUUUGCUCUUCAAAAGAUUGUUUUUCAUAUAAUAUGACAUAAUUGACAGAUAACAUUACUUUUUAAGUAUGUGAUCAGUCAGACUAGGUUUUUCAAGUUCAUGUAUUUGAAAAAACAUAUAUUGAAAAAAGUCAAGCUCUUAAUGAGAUUUUGAUA